AGUCGCGUGUCAUACAGUGACAGUCGUUAUAAUAUUGAACGCAGUAAUAAUUAUUGAUUUCAGACCAGUCAGAUCUCGAUCGUCGAAUAGUUCUACACAACUGUCGGCCAUUUACAGUGUCCAACGUUCAUUAUGACCAAUCAAAUGGAAAAAAUGAAGUGGUCCAGCGUCUUUGCGGAACUGUUGCUGCUGUUGGUUAAAAGCGUUUAUUACAUUGGCGAGUCUAUUUAUUACAUGUUCGUACCGUUGCCGGAAAAAUCGUUGGCCGACGACAUCGUUUUGAUCACAGGUACAGGACACGGAAUAGGGAAAUGUUUGGCGAUGCAGUUCGCCGACUUGUGCGCCAAAGUGGUGUGCGUCGAUAUCAACGCGCAGUCAAACGAGGAGACCGCAAAGGAAAUCAACUCUAAGUGGAAAGGAAAAGCUAUCGCUUACACAUGCGACGUGUCGACGUUGGAAAAAGUCAGAGAGCUUGGUGAGAAGGUCAAGAGCGAAGUUGGCACUGUUACCAUUCUGGUUAACAACGCAGGGAUAAUGCCAUGUAAACCUCUCGAGGCUCACGACGAAGCCACCAUAAAAAAAAUAUUCGAUAUCAACGUGUUUGCUAAUUUCUGGAUGCUCGAUACAUUUUUGCCUGGAAUCAAAGCGAUAAACAAAGGUCAUUUAGUCUUCUUGUCGUCAAUGGCUGGUAUAAUUGGCUUGAAGAACCUAGUGCCUUACUGUGCAUCCAAAUUCGCAGUGAGAGGCCUAGCAGAAGCGAUGAUGGACGAGUGCAGAGAAGAUGGCUACAAAAAUAUCCAUUUCACCUCUAUUUUCCCGUAUAUGGUCGACACCGGUCUGUGCAAAAAACCUGUAAUUCGUUUUCCCAGCUUGUUACCACUCGUAACGGCUGAGUCGACGGCAAAAGAAAUAAUAACCGCCGUUCGAAGGAACUUAAUUGAACAUUCCAUUCCGAGACCAUUGCUUACAUUCAAUAACAUAUUUAGGUGUUAUCCGUACAAAAUGGCAUUGGCCUUUAAAGAUUUUAUGGGCAGUGGCGUUGAUGCACACGAUGAUUAA